AUGGCCCCGCUUACAAAGGAGGAGCUCUGGUCCACAGGCCAGGAUGAGGACGUCGAGGUCAAUCAGAGAGCUUUGAUCGACAAGAUCCUUGCCAGAUACUCAGGUGAACAUACCAUCUUUAGGGAGCUUCUACAGAACUCGGACGAUGCGGGAGCUCAACACGUACAAGUAAAAUUCUACUCUCAAGAGGGAUCAGACGCGUUGAAAAAUGGUGAAACGUCUUCGAGACUACCGAAUGCGAAGAGUGACUUGAUGAGUAGUUAUGUCGUGUCCAAUGAUGGCAUUCCUUUCCGGGAUGAAGAUUGGAAAAGAUUGAAAAAGAUUGCUGAAGGAAACCCUGAUGAGGAAAAGAUUGGAGCAUUCGGAGUAGGGUUUUAUUCUCUCUUCAGUGUCUGUGAUGGCCCCUUCGUUGAGUCGGGCGAUAAAUGGAUGGCUUUCUAUUGGAAAGACGGCAAAGACCAGUUGCUCGCCCGGUCCGGCAAACUGCCUACCCCUCCCUCUGCCGAACCAUCUCUCUCAGGCAACUCGUGGACAAACUUUACCAUGACGCUCCGCGAACCUUCCCUCCUCGAGGGGCCUCUUGACCUCGCGAGAUUCUUCGUGACAAGCAUUACGUUCAUGAGGACGGUCAAGAAAAUUGACAUUCUGGUCGACGGCGUCAAAGUGUUCGAAGUUCAAAAGAACAUCAAGUCUGCCAACAGAGUAGAUAAGAAGGGACUGAAUACCACCAGCUCAGGAGGGAUGAUGACGGUACAGAACGUCGAUUCAACAGGGAUGACUAUCAGUGUCAAAAUCAUGAAAUGGCUUGCUGAUACUGGCUUCACCCCGCCGCCUAUGUCUAACCCCUUUACUCAAAUAGCUAAACCUGCACGAGGUCUAGCAUCUAUGAUUUCCACCUCAUUCUUCGGCCGCUACACCGCCGCUUCUCCAACACCUCCUUCUCCCGCUCCACCACCCCCUCCAGCCGAGGAACCAACAAAAUCUACUACUCUUCUGCGCGAUAUCCAGAUUUUCCAAGCCAACAUCAAAGUUAGCGUUUCACCUGCUUUCGGGCGCGAGCUUGAGAGAGCGACAAAGAAACCUGCACCAGGCAAGAUGACGGCUAGUAUCGUGUACUCUCGGGACGAAGAUAAUGACACCAAGGUAGAAGAUGGGAGAGAUCCGAGCGCGGAUGAGGCCGGGGUUUUCAGCGGUCUCUGCCCGAAGCUGGGAAGCAGCAGCUCUGCCCGAGUGUUUAUUGGUCAGCCGACUGGUCAAACCACCGGCAUUGGUGGUCAUUUGGCUGCCCGAUUCAUCCCCACUGUCGAGCGAGAAUCGAUCGACCUUGUUGAUCGACAUGUGUCUCAUUGGAAUCGCCAGCUCCUUUGGGUGGGCGGAUACCUUUGUCGGCUCAUCUAUGAGCUCGAGAUGCACGCUCUAGCCACAGCGUGGGCCAAGACCACCGACACUGAUGGUCCUUCUCGCGCCAAGCUGUCCGCACGGGCUCUUCAUACUAUCAAAUUUUUCACCUUCAAAGCUACCACUCCUGCUGCGGCUGUCGGGCAAGAGAUGGAGGCAGCAUUCUACAAUUGUGCGCAAAAUAAUCAUACCUUGCCUAUCCUUUCGUCGGACGGCAUCUUUCCUGUCAAAGAGGUGCGGAUGCCAAAUGACCCAAUUGCCAAAUUCCUGUCCGAACUGCCGGUCAUUACGCAAUCCAUGCUCGAACAAGCCAGCAGUUUCAUCCGCCGCCUUCAAGCACAGAAGCUGCUUGUUGACAUCACAUACGAUGAUGUAGUCAAUCAGCUCGGCAAACGGCCGCUGACUGAGAAGGAGUUGAUGGAAUGUCUCAAGUGGUGGCAAGAUCUGGCGUCGAAUGAUAAUUUCAACGUCUCGCUUCGAUCGCGUCUGUUAGAUGCUGCUAUCGUCAUGCUCGACAAUGGUAAAGUCCUACCGUUGUCCUUGGUGGAGACUUUCAUCCGCCCCCACUCUGGUACGAUACCACCUGACAUGCCCAUCCCUCAGCAUACAAUCCCAUACGGUAUCACUAAAGACCUCCGAGCCAACUCAAUUCACAAGGUUUUCGGCUGGACAGAACUCAACCUCUUGCAGUAUGUCACUUUCCUUUUGAACACGCCUAUGUCGGCACAUCAGGGAAGUGAUCCAGCUACCGACUUGAGGAUUUCACCGGAGUUUGCAGAGCGCGUCCUUGGUUUGAUAAGUCGCGCUUGGACGAACCUUCCCAGCAAUAUCCAAUCCGGUAUUGCCCUGGAGCUCAAGGAUGUUCCUUGCAUACCCACCAAAGCGGGGUUCAAACCCCCCCGAGAGGCCUAUUUCGAAAAGAAUCUACUCUUCGAAGAUCUUCCUAUCAUAUCUCUCCCCAAGAACACCGCUAUCAAAGGCAAUAUGGAGAAGAUGCUGCUUGCAAUUGGAGUGAGAAAGACGGUGGAUCUGCAGCUGGUAUUCUCGAGGUUAAUCGGGGGCGGGACCUGGGGAUGCCUGGACUUGAUGAAGUAUUUGGUAUCGGUAAAGGACACCUUGUCGGAUGACGAGAUCAAGAGGUUGAAACAGACAGCUGCCUUCCCUCUCCAGCGAGAACGCUUACCGUCGAAAGAAGGUGAAGGGUCUGCGCCUCCUGCUCUUGUUAGACAGAAGCCAUGGCAACUGUAUGAGCCAAUCGAUGCUUUCAAAGAGAUGGGUCUGCCCCUGUUGGACUGGGGAGACGCAAAAUGGAGGUCCAACUCUGAAGAAGCCAAAAUGCUCUUCAUGCUUGGCCUCAACCGUUAUCCCUCUAAAGAGGUUCUUCUCAAGAUUAUGGGUGGCCCAGCACCGGCUAACGAAAAGGCUCUUGACUACCUAUUGGCCAAUUUCAGCAAUCAUUAUUCAGAUUUCAGAUCUGAUGCGUUCCCGGACGUUGCGUUUUUGCCAGCAACAAAAGGCGGAUCGCGGGUGUUUGUCAAACCUGGCGAGGCUUUUUCGAAUCCCGACUGUGCUAUACUCGGCUUUGCUGUUGCUAUUCCGAAGAUAGCAAGCCCAGAGAAUGCCAGUAAACUCGGUGUGCGGAGGGAUCCACCUAUGGGACAGCUCGUUAUCGCCUUGGUCAACAAUGUGCCGAUGGACAUUCCCACUGCGACUCGAACUUUUGAGUAUAUGAGUGCAUACGUGAACCAGACUGCCCCGUCAUUUCUUGCCGAUACUCAUUUGAUCCCUGUCAAAACUGCGUCAGAUAUCAGGCUUCACAAGCCCUCUCAGGUCUACUUCCACAGUAAAGAACGAUCCGACAAUGUCUACGCCUCUGCUUUUACGUUCGUCGACUUUGGGGACAAGGCCAAUGUGUUCCUCCAGUAUUGCGGAGUUCGCAGAGAGCCAAGCGUGCAAGAUAUUGCAAGACUCUUCAUGGCAAACUCUGAUGAUAUGCUUCGACAAGCGGGCUCGCCGGAGAAAUAUCUCGAGCAAAUCAGGCUGUUGGCGACCAACUGGAGCCGUUUGGACAGUCAAACAAAGAGUUCCAUGCGAAGCGCCAAAUUCUUGCUUGCCUCCCAGCUCGUGGAUGUCAAAAAAAAAAGUCAGUCUUUGUUUGGGCAGACGACUGAGCAAGGAGACGAGUAUGAGCGGGAAUGGGUCCUUGCAAGAGCUGGAGAGAUUGUCAUCAAUGACAAUAUAGUCUUUUCACAGUACUUUGGGCCAUUCAUCUUGGCAGCUCCAGAGGAAGCACUACUCGAGAACUUCUACUCCGUCCUUGGAUCUCAACAGCUGUCUUCUUUCGUUCGCACAAAACACGUAUCGACUCCCGUUUCCUCCCAAGCGGCGUCUGCUCAAUCGAUACCGCUCCGUCGACAUGUUCUUGAACGGCUCACCAUCUUCCUUACGGACCGACGGAAGCUUGCCAGCUAUAGCAUCGACAGCCUUACCAAAGACGGCAAUUUCCAAGUUGAGGAAUGUCAAUCUUUGAAGGUGCAGCGCACUUACAAGAAUGGAAAGGUCGAGAAGACGCACACAGAAAGUCUAUAUGCGAUUGCGGCGCCUGGAAGGACCAGAGGAAGCAUCGUUCUUACUGUCUCAUUGAGUGCUCAAAAAGACGACUAUGAUAUCGCUUCAGCCCUAUGCGAGAUCCUAUUCAAGACACAGAAAGCCGACGACGCUCUGUUGCUCUAUUCCAUCUUGACGACUCCCCUCAUGGCCUUGCGGAAGCGGGGCAUCAACGUCGACAGGAUACUCAAUCAACAGAAGGAAGAAAAGAUCAGAUUGCAGGCAGAGCUGCGCGAAAGAGACAUCAUGGCAGCUGAAAAGGCAGCUGAAAACACGAAGACUCUGGGAAACAGACAGAGCCUGGAGAGUACCAUAGGCUCCGAAACGUCGGAGAAGAAAGGGCUGUUUGGCAGAUUUGGAAGAGGUUCUGCGAGCAAGGAUAAGGAAGAGUUGAGGAUGCCAGGAGGAAUGCCCGGCAUAGGGACCGGUAGCGGCUUGGAAAGUUUGCCACAGAGCAAGGUGCUUGAUGAGCUGCGCCAUGGCCUUGGCGGCAGACAUGCAUCAGGAGCCGAAGGUUAUAGUCGACCUGGUACGUACGCGCCGGACCAGAAGCAAACUGCAAGACCAACAGAUUUGUCCGAUAUUCGCGCAACCGUCAAAAAGGCUAUGGAUGCAUCAAGGCCGGAGACUGCUACACGUAUCCAAGAUAGUCGGAAGGCCGUGAACAAUGUGUCGGAAGCGCAAGGAGACUAUUGCGAUACUACAGCUGAAGUCAGCCUGAAGCUGGGUGAGUGA